AUGCACCUGACGGAGGAGAUCCUGCAGGAGAACCCCAACAUGUGCGCGUACAUGGCGCCGCCGCUGGACGCGCGGCACGACAUCGUCGUCGUGGAGGUGCCGAAGCUGGGGAAGGCGGCAGCGCAGAUCGGGUGGGGGCAGCCACGGUCGAGGAUCACGCACCUGGUCUUCUGCACCACCUCCGGCGUCGACAUGCCCGGCGCCGACUACCAGCUGGCCAAGAUGCUCGGCCUCCGCCCCUCGGUGAACCGCCUCAUGAUGUACCAGCAGGGGUGCUUCGCCGGCGGCACGGUGCUGCGGGUGGCCAAGGACCUGGCCAGAACAACCGCGGGGCCAGGAUGA